AUGCAAAUCUGCAAGGUAUUUCUUACUCAGUCUAAAAAACUAUUUUUUGUGGGUCUUCUACUUUGCUUGAUAGCUCAAACAUGUUGGCUUGCACUUGUACGUCAUCAGAGGCAGUUGAGCCUAGAUUCGUAUUUUUUGGAGAGAUCUCGAGAAGUUUCAUCAAGAUAUGAUUCUACGAGAAAGCGACAUAUGAACCAGAUGCUGAAACUAUCUAGCAACACAUAUAGUGACGAACCGCUGAACGAGAACAAAGAUAGAGAAAAUCGAAAAGAGAAUGCUACAUUGCUAAUGCUUGUGCGUAAUUGGGAACUUUCGGGGGCACUCCGUUCCAUGAGAUCACUGGAAGAUCGUUUUAAUAAAGACUACCAGUAUGACUGGACAUUUCUUAACGAUGUCCCCUUUGAUGAAGAGUUCAUCGAGGCCACCACUGCCAUGGCUAGUGGUAAAACACAAUACGCUUUAAUCCCAGCGGAGGACUGGAACAGGCCAUCUUGGAUCAACGAAACUCUAUUUGAGGAGGCUUUACAAUUAAUGGAGGAAAAAAAUAUCUUGUACGGUGGGUCAAAGUCAUAUAGAAAUAUGUGCCGCUUUAAUUCCGGCUUUUUCUUUAGACAAAAGAUAUUAGAUCAGUAUGAUUUCUAUUUCAGAGUUGAGCCAGAUGUGGAGUAUUUUUGCGAUUUUCCUUAUGAUCCAUUUAGGGUGAUGAGGCAAAAUAAUAAGAAAUAUGGCUUCGUGAUAACUAUGUAUGAAUAUGAAGAUACAAUUCCGAGCCUAUGGGAAGCUGUAGAAGAAUAUUUGGAGGAGACAGAGUCGAAAGAUGUUGACAUGGAAAACAACGCUUUUGGAUUCAUUUCGAAUUUCGAUUUUAUCGGUAAAUCAUUUGGUGUCAUUGAUAGUAACAGCGGCUAUAAUUUAUGUCAUUUUUGGACAAAUUUUGAAAUUGGUGAUUUGAAUUUUUUCAGAAGUGAGAAAUACAUCAGAUUUUUCGAGUACUUGGAUUCGAAGGGCGGUUUUUACUAUGAAAGGUGGGGAGACGCACCAGUUCAUUCGAUUGCUGUCUCACUCUUUUUGAAAAAAGACGAAAUCAUUCAUUUUGAUGAACUAGGCUAUAAACAUAUGCCGUUUGGCACAUGCCCAUCUGCAUACUACUUGAGACUUCAACAAAGAUGUCUCUGUGAUAGUAAUCACCCCGACAAUAUUGAUCUCAAUGUCAUUAGCUGUUUAAGAAGAUGGUGGAAGGACGGCAGCGGUAAAUACUUCCUCAAGCAUGAUGCAUAA